ACACCCCCACUCCCCCUCCCCUCCCCCUGCAACGCGACUCUUCUCCACUCACUCCGUGGCUUGUGAGACUGAAGGCAGCCUCGGUGCGUGGAGGGAGAGAGAGAGCGAGGCUUUCCCAGAAUAGAGAAGCAGGAGGAGGUGAGAGGGAUGAUGAUGGAAGCCAGCUUUGAUACUGAGGAGAGUUUUGACGAUCCCUCCUGUCUCGCCCCGCAGCCCCCUGGCUCCAUUUCACCGGCCAAGAGGCAGAUCAAGGAGGUCAAGGAGACCAAGAUCACUAUCAACUGUGUAACUUUCCCUCUGCCUGGAGAAGGUCCGGAGCAGCAGCUCCUCAAACCCAACGAAUGGAGCUACUGCGAUUACUUCUGGACCGACAAGAAAGACCCCCAGGGGACCACCUCAGUGGCGGGCUUCGAGGUUCUUCUGCAGAAGCAGCUGAAGGGCAAACAGAUGCAGAAAGAGAUGGCUGAGUUUAUCCACGAGAGGAUAAAGAUUGAGGAGGAAUAUGCCAAGAACCUCUCCAAGCUGUCUCUGAGCCCCCUGGCAGCACAGGAGGAAGGGACUCUCGGAGAAGCCUGGACUCAGCUGAAGAAGAGUCUCCAUGACGAGGCUGAGGUUCACCUGAAGUUCUCCAACAAGCUCCACUCUGAGGUAGAGAAACCUUUGCUGACGUUCAGAGGUGACAACUUCAAGAAGGACCUGAAAAAGUACGACCAUCACAUCGCCGACCUCAGGAAGCAGCUGGCGAGUCGCUACGCAGGUGUGGAGAAGGCCCGUAAAGCCCUGGCAGACAGGCAGAAGGAUCUGGAGGUGAAGACCCAGCAGCUGGAGAUCAAACUCAGCAACAAGACGGAGGAGGACAUAAAGAAGGCCCGACGGAAAUCCACACAAGCAGGAGACGACCUGAUGCGCUGCGUGGAUCUGUACAACCAAACCCAGUCGAAAUGGUUUGAAGAGAUGGUCACCACCAGCAUGGAGCUGGAGAAACUGGAGGUCGACCGAAUCGAGUGGAUUCAGCAGCAUUUACGCCAGUACACGACUCUGCGCCAUGAAACAGACAUGUUCAAUCAGAGUACGGUGGAGCCGGUCGACCAGCUGCUGCAGAACGUGGAUCCAGCCAAAGACCGAGAGCUGUGGGUGAAGGAGAAUAAAACUGGCGAGGUUCGACCUGUGGACAUGGACAUAUAAACCAUCCUGAUCUGGGAUCAGCUGUUCUGUCUGCAGUAUUAUAACACAGAGUCCCAGAACACCUCUAACAACAGGGACAGUGGCGUGUUCAGACUACAGGGAGUCUGCUCAUCCUCUCUCAGACUGGAACAACACGAGGAAAGGUUCAUUCUUAAAGCAGUCUGAAGCCAGGAAACAGUAAGGGAUCAAAGUACCAGCAUGUUCCUUCUAAAUUUUAACCCUAUCAUAAUCAACAUUAGCUUAUUGAAUGCCAUUUAACAUACUCUGCUGUUUACUUGUUGUAAAGUUGAAACUAUUAAAAAAAAAAAAAGAAAAAAAAAAAA